AUGAGGUUGCAAGAACUUCAAGAUGCUAUAAACAAACUUCCAUUGAGACAUCCAAUUGACGUCAAAUUGUAUUGGAGAGCAUCGGAGUUAGGUCAGAAGGUUUUAUAUGAAACAGGUUGCUUCGACGAUGUUUAUGAGAUAGCAGGCGAAGUUUCUCAGAAGAUAAGAGACUCACUUGAAUUUCCACGAACUGGACCCAUUGGUUGCGACAAGUUCGACUCAAACGAAAAGAUAUACUAUGUCGACCUUAACGCUGCAUACAUGAGGUUCGUCCAAUAUAUCCCGACUGGAAUUCCAAACGAAGAUGGUGAGUUCCCAGGAAGGAACUAUACAGUUGGAAAAGUCAUACAACAACU